CGUUAAAAUAACAAAUGUGAAAAAAAUGUGUUGCCUAGCAACAGAAAGGCAUUACAUUCCGCGGGAAAUGUAAACAAAUCGACUUUACUUUGCCUAAUAAAUAAUGGUAAUAACUUGUAAUACCUCCUAAAUGUAUUUGAUAAUUUUUAUCCUACAUAAAAUAACAUGGAAACUACGACCUUGGAUGCCCUACAGACAGAAGUGGAUUUUUACAGGGAGAAUCAAACCGCAGUUGAUCUAGAAAUCCGCAAAGUGAUAGCUGACAAUGAAAAACUUUCGCAACAAGUGGAAAUGCUGAUGAAACAAAAACUACAAAAUGGCACUCCAAUAUCAAACCCCAACUCUGAUCCUAAUAGUCCAGAAACUGAAGAACUGCGUAAACAAAUUUCAAUCCUUACAAAGGAAAGAGAUUCUUUGCACGUUCUAUGGCAAACAUCACAAAAAACUAUUGACGCGUUAGACGCAGAAUUAAAAUUUUACCAAAGUUAUGAGGGCAAUGGGAAUCAGAAUGUAAAAGAAAACAUAAGGGAUUUACAAUUAAAACUUGAAACUGCACUAACUGAUUAUGUAGAACUGGAAACUAAAUAUAAAGAACUAAAUACUAAGUGCAGUAAAUUAGAAAGUGAUAUUAAAAAUAAAGAAAAAGAAAUCAGUGAUUAUAAAAAUAUAAAUGAUCAACUAGAACAAAAGAUAAAAGAAGUAUCUGAAUCAUUAGAAGAAUAUAAAAUUAACUUAGCAGCUGAAAGAAAAAGCAACGAAGAUCUUAGAGCACAACUACUUUUAUGCCAAAAAGAAAGUGCUGGUAAAAUAAGAAGAGAGUUGGAAGCGAAAUCUAAAGUGGCCGAAGCACUACAGCUUUUCGAUCUCGUAACAACACAAAAGAAUGAAAGCCACAAAAAAAUUAAAGAACUUACAGAAACAAUAGCACAACUCAAGAAAACUUUGUCGACCAUAAGACACGAUAUGGAAUCAAGUUACAGAAAAGAAUUAGAUGAAAUCAAAGAUAAUUACAAUGAGAAAGUAACAGACAUGCUUCACCAUAUCAGGAAUUUGGACACAGAACUUGUAGAGAAAGGCAUGUUGCUAAACAAAGCAAUGAGGGACAACAAAAUCCUACAGCAAGAAAAUGAAAACUAUUUAAAACAGCAAAAAGAUAAUCUACAAUCAGUUGACCCAAAGUUAGCUCUUGCUGAACAACGACUUGAAGCAAUGUUUCAGGAAUUGGUCUCAUCAGAGAGAAGAAAUAUCCAACUUGUCUGUGAGAAGCAAUGCCUGGCCAUAGACAUACAGAGAAUACAGGAUAUUCACGCCAGAGAAAUAAAAAGAAGAAAUUGGGAAGAAAAUCUGAUGAAAACACAGAAUGAAGAAAUGAAAUUACAAAUAGAACAUCUUCAGAAAUCAUUAGAUGAAACUCACAAUAUGAUAAAUAAAUUACAAGCCAUGCUUGCAUCAAGAUCUGAAUUAAAUCAAAAGAUGGUGUCAUCAAAAGAAGAAGAAUUAAUAGAAUUAAACAAACAUUUAGCAAAUCAGAUGGAACUUAACAAAAAAUGGAAGGAGUCUUAUGUUGAAAUGACUGAAAAACUCAAGAAAAGAUUAGUAGAUCUGCAAGAAGAAAAUAAAGAAUUAAGGAAAAAGCUCAAACUUCCUUCUGAAGAAUCAUCUGACCAUGAGAACAGUAAUGGCACCAGUUAAUCAAAAUCAUUACUUUCAUAAAAGUAUUAAAUGUGCAAUAAUAGUAGUAGUAAAAAGUAAAAGCAUUUUUAUUUAUUAACAUUAUUUACAUAUUAAAGUUUUUACAGUUUAACAAUAACAUACCAUUACUAUAAAAACUGCCCAUCAAUGCAAAAAAAAUCAUUGUGUUGGAUACAGCAUCUCUCUCUA